CCCGUGGUGCAAUCAUAAUGACGACUAACGGGGAAGUCGUUCAAGGCAAUCUUGACUACGAUGGCCGCCUCAUCCUCUAUAUAAUUCAAGCCGACCAGACAAAUUACAUCAAUUACAUCAAACCCUUGAUAUUGGCCGAAGAGCUUCAAUUUCCACAUGUUCUCUCAGUGAUCAAGACGACGGAUGAGUGGUACUACGCCAUUCAUCCCGAGCGCUAUGUUCCAGCAUUGAAAGACUGGGACGAUGAGUCGCAGAAGGAAGUCAUUGUGUUCGAGAGCACGGCAUGCUUGCAAUAUAUUGCCGAGAAGUUUGAUGUUGAUGGGGUGUGGAAGGGUAAGAAUGCGUGGGAGAAAGGCCAGAUCGUAUCUUGGACUGCGUAUCAAACAGCAGGCUUGGGUGCGACGGCCAAAUAUUGGUUGUAUUUUCUGAAAGGAUUUCCCAACCGCCAGAAUCCAGAGCCGCCCAUGAAGGCGGUUGAAAAUGUGUUCAAGCGAGCUAUGGACCCUGCUUUGUACACAUCUCUCAAGACCGUGUUCUUCGGCUUCUCGAAAUACCUCGUACUUCGAUACCCAAUACGUUCCACCGAUGUGAACAAAACUCCAAUUCCGACAUGUCCUUACGUUUGGCCCAACGGACAGGGUGAUGUCGCGAAAUUUCUCGAGGGGGAGGAGAAUGGAAAAGCCUGGGGACAAAAGUUUGGUAGGAUUUAUAGGAUUUGGAGUGGGACAGUGGGCGAAAUUGUAAUCACCGAUCCCACGCACGUAAAGUCCAUUUUCUACGAUUCGGAUAAACACAUAAAAGCUACCAAUAACAACUCAGGUUGGCUCAUGGGUGAACUUCUCGGCCAAUGUGUUGGCCUGAUCAGCGGCGCACACUGGUCGCGAGUCCGCAGCCAGACAAGCCAACAUUUCACCCACGGCGCCGCUGCGCAACAAAUCCCUCAUAUCAUCAAAUGCACCGCCAAGCAUCUCGAAAAUCUUCAUACCAAUGGUCCUCUUUCGCCUAAGGGGACUCGUCUCCUGGACCCGGUUCAAGACUUCAAGUACCUACCUUUCUGGGCUGUUGCCAAUCUCUUGUACGGAGAUCUGGGAACGGAAAUGGAAGCUGAAAUGAAAGAAUUGGGUGAAUUGAGAGAAAGAAUAUGGAGCAGAAUGAUCAGAGGCGGGAUGACGAGGUUUGAAAUCACGCGUUUUUUGCCUUGGGGCGCAGCCAGAGAGCUGCGGGAAUUCAAGACCAGGUGGGCAUCAUUCAAUCGCCGCGCAAGAGAUGCAUGCGUCCAUUCGCAGCAGGAUACGCCUAUUGUGGAUAUGUUCGCCGCCGUAGAAGAGGGAACCUUACAGCUAGAAGAGCUUUUGCAAACGUGUGAUGAGAUGUUGUUCGCCAACCUAGAUGUGACGAUCGGCGCGCUUUCAUGGAAUCUAGUGUUUCUAGCGACGCAUCAAGAUGUACAGGAUCAGAUUCGCAACGAAAUUUUUGAAAAUACCUCUCACCCGGCGGAUGAAACGAGAAUACACAAGUACCUUCAAAAUAGCAGAACGCUGAUUUCCGCUUCGAUCCUCGAAUCUUCGCGUUUGCGUCCUUUGGCGCCCUUCUCAGUGGCACAAGCAGCUCCUACGCCGAGACUCGUAGGUCAAUACCUGAUUCCUGCGCACACCAAUUUCAUUAUCGAUACAUACAAGUUGAACGUACAACAUGAGAUCUGGGGUUCGGACGGAAAAGAGUACAGACCUAGUCGCUUUUUGGAUGCUAAAGCCUCGGAAUUGAGGUAUUCGUUCUGGAGGUUUGGUUUCGGACCUAGACAGUGCUUGGGGAAAUAUGUGGCGGAUAUCAUAAUAAGAAGCCUGUUGAUAGGCUUACUGACAGAUUGGAGGUUGAGGUUUGACGGAAAUGUUGAGGACUGGGAGAAGAAAGAGGGUGUUUGGAUCACAAGUCCGGAUGUAGCCUUGAGGUGUGAAAGAGUGAAAUGAGAGCUGAAGUAAGGACAAGUCCUUUUUCAAAUUUCAAUAGCCCUGGGUUCCACAGCUUUUGUAUUGUGGAGAUUUGAAUCCAUUGAGACUUAUUGCUUCAGCUGGGCCGCGGAUAUGCCGGUUCUGUGUGCAAUGAUCAAAUAUUCAAUUACUUUGGACAGAACUUUCUGUUGAAAUUACGGGAAGACGAACUCAAAAUGUUGAAAGGAUUAUUUAUCUAUUGAUUCAAUAAU